AGGAGGUGGAGCUAAUGAGACCAAAACCUGGGCUCUUGGUCACUCUACAGCCCAUAUCUGCUCUAGCAGAGCUCCUACACUUUCUCAAUACAGGCUCUCGAGGCAGGAGGAUUAUAUCAGACAGGUGUUCUGCUAAAUGUGAAAGGAAGACAUGUUGCCCCGUAGCUCCGUCACGUGCUCAGACAGAAGGGGAUUUGGCCGUGAGAGUCAGAAGUCCAGAGUGACCAUUAAGGCUGAAAAUGACUCCAAGCAACAAAGGAACAGGACAAAGAAGAACGCAGGGGCAGUAAAGACAGAAGAGUCCAUCCCCUGGACACGGUCCAUCACCAUCCACCCCGGAGAGAGCGCGUGGCGUCCGUAUCAAACAGCUCCACACCGGCGCUUCCCCAACGAGCUCGUACGCUCGGUCAUGAAGAGCACAGUGGACGCGAGGCUCGGCUGCCUGGAGUACACCGCCAGCUGCUCGGCAGUAGCCACAGAGCUGUCCGACAGCAUUAAAGACGCAGCCAAACGUCUCUCAUACGAGCGAUAUAAACUCAUUUCCUACGUGGCCAUCGGGCAGCUCCGAGACUCUGACGUCACAUGCUCAAGCAGGGGGGUCUGGUGUCCAGCAGCGGACACUUUCACUGAAUACGUCUUCAAAAACGAGCACCUUUUUGCCCUCUGUAUACUUUUUGCUGUGUACCAGGAAUAGGCUUUAAAGGGGAAGUCCACUGAUUUUUCAAAAUUUCUGGGUAUGAAAUGCUUCAGUCUAGAAUUAUUCACAGUGGUGGUGAUAGGAACCAGACGUCCACCUCUAAAAGCUCCCUCACUAAAAGUUCCUACAUGAAUUGGUUGUGAUGCUUAAGACACUGCUUCAUUAUAGUUUUGUGGUAAAAUGAUCUGAAACAUAUUUUAAUCAAUUUAUUUUAAGGGAGAACUCUCCUGAUUUUUCAUUAAUCCUACAUUAUUAAACGGUUGAGAUGUAAACAAAGUCAUUCGGAGCGGUUUGAUGUGAAAAGCUCCAUUGAGGAAAAACUUGCUGAGUCAGAACUGUUCACUAUGGUGGUGAUAGGAACCAGACGUCUGAAGCAUUUAAUGCCUCUAAAAGCCCCAUCACAGAAUGUUAUGACUUGAAAUUGUUAUGCAUACUCAGCCUGAUGUCUGAGACAUUGUUUAUGGUAGUUUUAUGAUAAAAUUGUGGCCUAAAAUGUACUUUAAUCAAUUUAUUUUAAUCAAUAUUUUAUAAAUAAAUAUUUUUAAUCUAUUCUUGGUGGAGGGAUUAGGCAAGUUGACACCCCAAAAAACCUUUUUCAGAUUUUUUACUGUUUUACCAUCAUCAGCAUUACAUAUAAAACCUCAAACAGUCGUGUA